AUGUUAAGAAUAUCCAAAAAAGGAAUAGUUAGAUUUGAUCAAGUUGAAGAUGAAGAAACCUACCUGGAAAACUUAGCAGUACAGAGAAAUGCCUCUGCUUUCUUUGAAAAAUAUGAUCGCAGCGAAGUGCAAGAAUUGCUAACUACCACACUGGUUAGCUGGUUGUCUGCCAAGGAGGAUGUUCAUUCUCAGCUAGACUUCCCGUGUGAAAUCAUGAGUCAAAUGAAUAAUGUAGGCUUCUCCACUGCCAUCCUAUUGAUGCCUGUGGACCCCACAGCUCUCUUAGACUACAGGGAAGUCCAUCAGAUCUUGAGGGAGUUGGCUGUUGGAAUUUAUUGCUUAAACCAAAUCCCUUCCAUCAGUUUAUAAGCUAAUUAUGAUCAGAGUUCUUCUUGUCAAUUACCUCCAGCUUAUUAUGAUAUUAGAAUUGGACAAAUUCUGAUCUAUGUUGACUAUAUGCUAAAAGCACUGUGGCAUGGGAUAUACAUGCCCAAAGAGAGACGAGCCAGAUUCUCUGAAUUAUGGCACACAAUCAUGGACAUUGAUCCUGAUGGGAAGCCUCAAACAACUAAAGAUAUUUUUUCAGAGUUUAGUUCAGCAGGGUCCGGUGGUGUGGGUGAGAACCGAGUGCUGGGCACCGGUAUCUACCAUGAAGAGAGGAAGUAUGUGAGAAGAAUCCCCUUGGUGUCCUCUUCGCUCUCGCAACCUCCCAGCAAUCGGGGAGGACGUCCCGGGAGUGUGAUCUAUCGCCGCAACAACCAGAACCGGGGGCGCUUGAACCUGGGGCUGGGCUCCGGGCGCGGGGGGGCAGAGGCGGGGUCCUGGUCUGAAGACUCGCGCCUUGACCUGGGAAAUAAGGUUCAAGUCAAAAGUGCCAUCGCGUGGCCACCCGACGUCAAAGUGACUGGGAAUGAGUUGACAACAACAAGAGUGAAUACAACACAAAGGAGACACAGACAGCCGGCAAACAGAAAUGUUGCACUCCCUCGCCUGGUGAACCAGAUCGAGGGCCUGACACCAGAUGGAGGAGGUACCUCUUCCCCUCCGAACAGACAAAUGAAUCCCUCAGAAACGUAUUGGAAUCAGUGCACCCCACUGUUACUUGCUGCAACUUCAGGAGCACUGGACACUAUUCAGUACCUGUUUUCUCAUGGCGCUAACUGGAGAAAAACAGAUACUAAAGGCAAUAAUAUAAUUCAUUUAUCAGUGCUCACUUUUCAUACAGAGGUACUAAAGCAUAUAAUAGAGUUAAACAUCCCUGAACUCCCAGUUUGGAAAACUUUAGUAGAAAUGUUGCAGUGUGAAAGCUUUAAACGAAGGAUGAUGGCUGUCAUGUCCUUAGAAGUAAUUUGCUUAGCAAAUGAUUGAUACUGGAAAUGUAUCUUGGAUGCAGGUACCAUUCCUGCAUUAGUCAGUCUUUUAAAAUGGCCCAGAAUAAAACUGCAGUGUAAAACUGCUGGGUUAUUGAGUAAUAUCUCAACCCAUGUAAGUGUUGUGCAUGCUUUGGUAGAGGCAGGGGGCAUUCCUGCUUUGAUCAACCUACUGGUUUCUGAUGAGUCUGAACUACAUUCUCGAUGUGCUGUCAUUCUGUAUGAUAUUGCUCAGUGUGAAAACAAGGAUGUUAUUGCCAAAUAUAAUGGAAUUCCAGCUCUGAUAAAUCUCUUGAAGCUGGACAUAGAAAGUGUGCUGGUAAAUGUAAUGAACUGUAUACGGGUCUUAUGUAUAGGAAAUGAAAAGAAUCAAAGAGCAAUGAGAGUCCACAAUGGCAUCCAGUACCUUAUCCAGUUUCUGAGUUCUGAAUCUGAUGUGUUGAAGGCAAUGUCUUCUGCUACGAUCGCUGAGGUUGGACGUGACAAUAAGGAGGUUCAGGAUGCUAUAGCUAGAGAAGGAGCAAUUCCUCCCCUAGUAGAUCUUUUUAAAGGGAAGCAACUGAGUGUCCAAGUGAAAGGUGCAAUGGCUGUGGAAGCACUGGCAAGCCAUAAUCCUUUCAUACAGAAGGCAUUUCUGGAAAGAAACUUAACUAAAGAUCUUCUAAAACUCCUAAAGGCAUUUCAACUAGAUGUUAAGGAACAAGGAGCCAUAGCACUUUGGGCCUUGGCAGGGAAAACACUGAAACAACAAAAGUAUAUGGCAGAACAGAUCGGAUACAACUUUUUAAUAAAUCUGCUUUUGUCACCAUCGGCUAAGAUGCAGUAUGUGGGAGGUGAAGCAGUCAUAGCUCUAAGUAAGGACAGCAGACUGCAUCAAAAUCAAAUAUGCGAAGGGAAUGGAAUUGCACCACGUCGCUUACUAAGAAUUAAUAGAAUAGCUGAAGGCACACUUCUGAGUGCCAUCAGAGCACUGGGAUCCAUUUGUAUUGGUGUAGCCCAUACAAACAAUCCCAUGAGUCAACAAUUUGUUGUAGAGGAAAAUGCCUUUCCAGUACUUAUUCAACUACUAAGAAGUCACCCUUCAAUUAACAAACAGGUUGAAGUGGCAUUUUCUUUGGCAUGCAUCAUCCUAGGGAAUGAUUUGCUACAGAAAGAAUUACAAGAAAGUGAAGGAUUUGAGUAUUCUGAUGUUCUUUAUCUUCUCCACUCAAAAGAUAAGGACAUUCGCUUAAGAGCAGGCUAUGCACUAGCCCUUUUUGCCUUCAAUAACCGUUUUCAACAAUAUUUAAUAUUGGAAAGUGGAAUGAUAACUUUAUCUAUUUUUGAGCCUCAAUCAAAAGUUGAAACUGAAAGGGCAAUGGCAGCAUUUCAGAUUAUCAUACUAGCUAAAGUCAUUAUAGAUGUGGACCAUAUUACUUUGUCUGCAAGAGGUGUUACUAGUGUUACUAUACUAGUUAACAGUCUGUAUUCACUUCACGUUCCUACUCUUGUCUUGACAGGUAAUCUCAUAGCCAGCCUAGCUCAUACCAGAGCUGGUAUUCUAGAAGCUUUUCUCACAUUAGGGACAAUACAACGGCUCUGCUACCACUUGUACUCAAGAAGAGAAGAGGUUCGUGUAGAUUGUUCCUGUGGCCUUGGUUACCUAAGUUACAACUCCUUUGCUUUCCGAAUUUUGCUGACUGAAUGCAGGAAUAAACCUCAUCAGUUCCUACGCAUAACAAAGAAUAUCAGCAGAGAUGCAAGUAUUAACCCUGCAUUUUUAAAGGAAUUUCAAAUGCAACAAAGUGUGGGACUUCCUUCCUUAAGCCUGGAGAAGAAUGGAGGACCAUCUGUAAAUCCCAUCUUUAAAAAAGGGAAAGAGCAUCGAAUAAAAGCAAGACCUAAAAUUCAACCAAAAGAUUCUCUGACUUUAAUACCGCCUGUGACCAAUUUCAUGGGUAUCUUCAAAACAGCAAAAAAGACCAAUGUGUCCCAUAACAUUUUCUCUUUUUCAUCUGGAGUCUCAGCGGAUAUUUUAAAUGUAUCAAGACCAAGAACAGUGUGUUUGAACAAACUUGGGAAAUGUGAACAGAAAGUCAAAUCUGAGACAGCAGAAUCCUAAUAGUAAUAAAAAGCACUUUAAUAUGAAAUGAUUCUUGAGUAGUCUUUUUUAAAAAAAUAUUAUUAUAAUGAAAUAUACUGACAGCAUCUUUUCAAAUGGA